AUGCCCGCACAAUCCAUCUCAUCUCUCACUGUGGAAAUCGACACGCCCGGUCCUGCUACAGCCACCCAUCGUUGUGCAUCACAAAUUGGACCAGAGGUGCAAGACAAGUCAAGCAGCCAAUCUACAGGCCUCGGCCACAAGAUCAUGGUGCAAGCGUCUCACGCGCGGGACGUGAUGCUCGAUCGAUACAUCUACGAGACCAGGAAGACCGAGUUGCACAUCAAUGAGGUUCUCAUGGUGAAAAACACAAACAUUUGA